CACAUUGCGAUGCAGCCUGAUUACAACGAUGUUGAAUGACUCCAACGCCUGUCGAGCCUCAUCUUAUUAGGCUGUUUCGUACUGCUGGGGCAAAGCCGCACCAUCUAGUUACAUUAUUGUCGAUGGUCGUCGUCUGGACAUCACAGAAAACUUUGACUCGUUUCUGCGCCGCAAGCGAGUACGCUCGUCCAAGCAACACCUCUGGAUUGACGCUAUAUGUAUCAGCCAGACCGAUGACAAGGAGAGAACAGAACAGGUGGAAUUGAUGAGCAUGAUCUAUUGAUGUGUCACACGACUUGUGAUAUGGUUAGUUGAAGAGGCUGAUGAUAGUCAACGGGCGGUGAAACUCGUCGAGGAAUUUGGUACAUGUCAAAAAGAGGGGGUAAAAGUUGACUUGGAAAUAGCAGCCCUGAAUAAACUUCUGGAACGACCGUACUGGAAUCAAAUCUGGGUGUUACAAGAAAUCGUCAUUGGAGCGGCGGCCCAGAAAGCUGACGAGACACAAGUUAUCUGCGGAAAAGAACGGGUUACCUGGUCUUGCCUCGUACGUGCCUUUCACUGGAUCGAGUCACAGCGGAAGUUAGGGCGAUUACCUAUUCUUGGGCUACAACAGAUUUUGAAUCUCGAAGAAGCUCGGAAAACAGGCGGUAAUGGUUCUCUGCUGUCAUGGCUUCUUAAAACUCGGAGCAAACAGUCAUCGGAAGGCCGAGACAAAGUAUACGGCUUGCUC